AUGGGAAAUUGUGUAAGAAGCAACCUAAGCGACUUCAGAGGGAGACGAUCGAUGGAUCCUCGGAUAUGGCACAAAGUCGCCGCGGUUUCUGGCAUGGCAGCUCUUGGUUUAGGAACCUACGGUGCCCAUGUCUUUAAGCCAGAAAACCCUUCUUACAAACAGGUGUGGCAAACGGCUUCUCUGUACCAUUUGGUUCACACGGCAGCUCUUGUUUCUGCUCCUACCACCAAAUAUCCCAACAUUUUUGGUGGGUUGUUGACUGCUGGGAUUGUGGCCUUUUCCGGCACGUAAGUUGUUGUUUCUUUUCUCGCGUUUUUCUUAAAUUUUGGAAUUAGAACUCAUGAAUGGAUCUGUUUGUUGGUUGAGAAUGUUUGCUGGAUGUCUUGUAAUUUGGAGUUUCCUGUACGAAGACUAGUCUCUGGCACCAUCAAUGUUUGCCCACAAUACUGAAGUUGAUCUGAUUAGCAUAGGUAUCUCUGUAUCUAAGCUAAUGAUUGUAUUGGGAAGGAGU